AGGGCUCGCGCUCCCCAGAGCUGGUUUAGACGUCAGUUCGACAACUUGAUGCGGACGCUGACCUGCGGCGGCAACCAGGCCCCGCAGGCUCAGACAGACUGGUUCAUGCACAAGUUCGAGUCCCAGGCGGUGCACGAGGCCCAGGAGCCUAUGUACCACCUGUCCAGUGCCAGCAUUUGCUGCGGAGUGCGCCUCGCCUUCGACCCGACUACGGCAUACCAUUACUUCUGGCUAACUAUAGUGUCAGUGGCAGUGCUAUACAACGUGCUGUUUGUGAUUAUGCGCGCCGUGUUCUGGGCGCUGGAUGACGUCACCGGCUGGUACUGGGUGGACUACUUCUGCGACUGCAUCUACCUCGUCGACACGAUCGUACACAUGCAUGAAGGGUACCUGGAGCAGGGGCUGAUGGUGCAGGACUCCGCCAUGCUGCGCCAGUACUAUAUGCGCUCCGGCGCCUGGCACUGCGACGCGCUGUCCUUGGUGCCCACUGACAUCGCCUACUACUGGUGGCGCCCCGGCUCCUGCGGUGCCGAAUGUCUACCGUGCCCUAUAAUCGUGCGUCUCAAUCGACUGUUACGCAUGCCCCGCAUGUGGGAAUGGUUCGACCGCACCGAGACUGCGAUCAGCUACCCGAAUGCGUUCCGGAUUUGGAAGGUCGUCAUGGCUAUAAUUGUUCUAAUUCACUGGAACGCAUGCCUGUAUUUCGUGAUCAGCUACGCGAUCGGCUUCGGCGUGGACAACUGGGUGUACAACAUCACCGGCGCGGAGAACGCCACGCUGGCGCACCAGUACAUCUACAGCUUCUACUGGUCCACACUCACGCUCACCACCAUCGGCGAGACGCCGCAGCCGGAGAACGACGCCGAGUUCGUGUUCGUCGUCAUCGACUUCCUUGGCGGCGUGCUCAUCUUCGCCACCAUAGUGGGGAACAUCGGCUCGAUGAUAUCCAACAUGAACGUCGCGCGCGUCGAGUUCCAGAACAAGAUGGACGGCGUGAAGCAGUACAUGGCAUUCCGCAAAGUGAGCGGCGAGCUGGAGGCGCGCGUGAUCCGCUGGUUCGCGUACACGUGGAGCGAGUCGGGCGCGCUGGACGAGGAGAACGUGCUGGCCUCGCUGCCCGACAAGCUGAAGGCGGAGAUCGCCAUCCGCGUGCACCUGGACACGUUGCGCCGCGUGGAGAUCUUCGCAGACUGCGAGCCCGGCCUGCUGGAGGCGCUGGUGUUGCGGCUGCGGCUGCAGGUGUUCAGCCCCGGCGACUACAUCUGCCGCAAGGGCGACGUGGGCAAGGAGAUGUACAUCGUGAAGCGCGGGCGCCUGCAGGUGGUGACGGACGACGGCAGCGGCGUGCUAGCCACGCUGGGCGCCGGCUCCGUGUUCGGCGAAGUGAGCGUGCUGGAGAUCCCCGGCAACCGCACCGGCAACCGCCGCACCGCCACCGUGCGCUCGCUCGGCUACUCCGACCUCUUCUGCCUGGCCAAGAAGGAUCUGUGGGAAGCUCUCGGGGACUACCCGGACGCCAUGGCCACUCUGAUCCAGCGCGGCUGCCAGCUCCUGCGUAAAGACGGUUUGCUGGACGAGAAGGAGUUAGAUCGCUCCCGAAGUACGCGGCAGUCGUUGGAGGAGGAAGUAUGCCAACUACAAGAGGCAAUAGAAAUCAUCAAACAUCGCUUCGACGCUUUCCUGGGCGACUACGCCACGACCAAGGAGACUGUAGGAAAUAUGUGGAACCAGCAACACAACGACCAGCAGCCGAUCGACGACGAGGUCGCCAGUCAGACGGUGUACUCCCGAACGUAUGCCAUCGACGAAGUCUAUGUGAGACAUGAUAUGCCCCCGGAGCUCCCGGCGAAGGCUAAAGAGCUACGCGAGCGUGAACUCGCCCGGAAAGCCCAGGAAGAACACGCCUUCGUGCGCGCUAACACCGUGCCGCCGACCAAGAAGAGAGUCAAGUACUAAGCGUUAAGCGUUUCGAGAAACGCAUACCAUGUUUCAACGAUCACGGCUGAACUGUUGUCAACGCGAGACUGUUUAGCCUGAUAUUUCUGUCAAGUUGACGAACGUGAUGGUAAUUUGUACGGUAAUUUAUUAGGCAGUUGCCAAAUUGUUGUUAUGAGGCAGAGGCAGGGUUAAAGAUACCAUUAAGUCACGUUUGGAAGCUUGCGUUACAAACGACUGCAAGGAUCUUGGAAUACUUGCAGUAGUUUGUAAUUAAAAAAAUGGUUUUUUGCGUCGACGAAAGCGCGACGAUUUUUGUGGCAUACCUACUUUGCUAAUCAUUAGUCAGAGAUGUCUAUUUGUGUUAGAUAUAUUAUAUAGAAUUGUAUAUUUAUAAAUAUUUACUUAAAUUAACACGUAUUUUACAAUUAUUUUAAAAGUUAUUAGAUGUUUAGAAUUGCUCAGAGCAAGUGAAAAUAAGUAUUAUUAUGAUUUGUAAAAGUUUCGUAUUUUUUCAAUUGCACCUAUUUAUGUAGAAAUAUCAGCUCUAAUUAUGAUAAUAUUUUUAAAUAUAUAAACAUAAUAUCUUUAUUAUAUUGUGUAUAUACUUAGUUCUUCAUAAUUACUAUACCUAUAGUAACUGUUUUUUUUUAAUAUAUAAUAAUCUAUAUUAUUAUAUAUAUGUAAAUCUCCAAUGCCAAAAACAAAACCAAAGUAUUAGCAUCACUACACUAUUUCUAAAAAACUAUAUUGGGAAAAUUGGUCUUGUAUUCUAUAACUUACAUGAUUUAAAUAUAAUGUAUUUAAAUCAUGUAAGUUACUAAAAUACGCCUGCGAAAUAUUUGUGUGAUGAGCUUGGGUAUUUUCUAGUGUCUGGAUUUGAUUUGAUGUUAUUUCUUUAUAGUUACUAACCGACGCCCGUUACUUCGUCCUCCGAAGUCGGAGUCAAUAUUUUAUUUAAUAGAUAUACGUCCUUACAAAAUCUACUUACUACUAAUUUACGUCAACAAUUUCGAGUGCAGAGUAUGGUAGUGAAGAUAAUUGUAUAUACUACAUAUUAUAAAUACCUAAAUAACAUAUAAAUACACACAGACACUGGCAAACACCCAUGUUCAUCACACAAAUAUUUUCGGCCGACGGAGUGGAGAAAGUAGAAUCACCUAGUAUGUCAAUCUAAAUAGUAUAUGUAGAAUGCUCGUAUAUACACAAUAUAACUUAUAUUGUAUAGCUGUAGUAUGUUUUAUGUAGAUAAAUAAAACGAACGGAUUUCGGAUUUAUUACACCAUAUAUAACUCAAUAAGUUGUGUGCAUUUUAAGAAAUUAUAUAUCACGUAUCUCAAACGGUGAAGGAAAACAUCGAGAGCAAACCAUUUCUUAAUUCUCUGUAUGUGUGAGGUCUGUCAAUCCGCAUUUGGCUCGUGCUCAGCAGUGAACCGAUUAGGGUUGUUAAUAACCUACCUACUAGACCUCAGUAUUUGAUACUAGUGCAGCUGCUGCAGCAGACGGGAAGUACCCGGUUUUGAUUUCCAUGCGAGUGUCGUAAAUUUGUUGCACGGCUGUAUCUUUUUAUUGCGUUGGCUUAGAAGUUCGAUUUUUUUCCAGCUCUAAGAGACAGUAAACCUGAAUCAUCAUUUAUCAGCCGAUGGACGUCCACUGCAAGACAUAGGCCUUUUGUAGGGACUUCCAAACAUCUCGAAACAGAGCCAGGUGGCUCAGUAUGGUGAUGUUUUAGACCUGAAUAUUUGAUAUAAAUUUCAGCUCAAUAUGUCCACGCGUCCAAAGGCAAAGGCGCCCGAGAACAAAUUUUAAAUAUACGACAACUAAUCGAGAAAGCCUACGAAUUCGACACGCCAAUGACUAUGUGCUUUGUUGAUUAUAUCAAAGCUUUCGAUUGUGUUAACCUGAGUUGUUUGUGGGGAGUGCUUGCAGACCUGGGAGUGUCACAACAUUUAGUAACACUGCUCAAAAACCUGUAUAGCAGUAGCAAAGGAAUUGUAAGAAUAGAUGUGGUUACAUCCAACACUUAGAGAAGUGUUAGAAAAUUCUCAGGUAUGCUGGUUUCCUCAAGAUGUGUACCUAUUAUAGAUAUUCUUAAAAUGCACAUAACUGAGAAGUUUGCGGAAAACCGUUUGUACUAAACGGUUUUCCGCAAAUGAUUUCAAAUUGUUGGUUUUGGUUAUUAUCAAACAGCUUGCUUGUAUUGUUGGGCAAAGUGAUGAAAGAUUACUGGAACGGUAGAGAUCUUUGUUAACUGUAAAAAUAUAACUUUAACCUACAACUUCGAACGUAACCCUCGGUGCGUGAGUACAACUCGCGCUUGGCCGUUUUUUAUAAUCUAUGACUAAUUAUACAACGAAAAAAUAAUUUAUAUAAAAAAAUAUAUGAAGGAACAAUGUGUACAAAUAUACUAUGAGCUUUCCUUGCAGGCUUUAAAUAAAAUAAAUAACGUACAAAUAUAUUUUAAGGUUCUACACCUUAAAAAGAGAAAUAGUUUAUUAAAAGUAACGUAUUGAUUUAUUUUCGAGACUAUCCUUAAGCAUCUCAUAAAAAACAUAAAAUCUGCAAAAAAUUAUAUAUACCUAAAAAGAACAAUUUUAAAAUUAGUACCUUUAUAUGAAGAUCUUAAUAUACGUUUUAAAGUUAACUAAGGAAAGGCAAAGCAAGGAGAAAUUCAAAACCUCGAAAACUCCACGAUUAAGGACUGAGAUUCAAGACUAAAACUCAACCCGUUGCGAGUUCUCGAUCCCACAGUUGGGCAAGGCGCCAACGGCCAUCGCCUAAAAGAUCCCAACAUCAUCAUUUUGUACUCAUGUAUGUGUGUGUGUACGAUGUACGUAUGUGUAGGUACUCCCAUUGCCACCAAUUGCCACGCCAUGAGCACAGUAAAAAUUGUAUACUAUGCCAUGAGCUUUGUGACUCCUUGGGCAGCUAUUUUGGCAGUAUUGGUUCUUCUCUGAAUCAAUUAAUACUUCGAUCACACACUUACUCAGAAACCCCUAAUUAAUAUCUCUGCCCCCUUGUUAACUAAGAAACUUAUAUUAAGUAUAUACCGGUUUUAGUUUCUGUAAAAUAAACUAAACAAAAGAAAUACAUAUUUAUAGCCCAUUAAUAUAUUUCACUAAAAUAUUUAAAAAAUAUAUUACUAACCUAAAAAUCAUAAAUUCAGCGGUGUAUUUGUGGAAAGGUAACAGACAGACAUUGGAAUGCAUUAAAAAUAUUAGUAUGGAUUUAUAAAUAAUUAUGUCUAACAUGCUUAUUAGUUUAGAAUUGUGUCGCGGAUUUUUCGAGUAUAUUAAAGACAAUGAGUAUCUAUGUGAACAAGUAUCUACCUAUAGUUACGUACAUAAUUAAUAUUAUGUAAUUUAUAUUUAUAUACAAGUAUAUGUAGUGGAUAUUGAUAUUAAUACGUAAAAAGGAAACUUUGGGCCCAUUAAUUUCUUCCUAUAGUAGAACUUUAUAUGCAUGGUUUAUAUUUAAGGUCAUAUAUUGUCGUAGUACCUAGUUAUUAAACAACUGUUAAGCAAAAUGCAACAAUAUGUAAAAAAAAAUCUAGUCAAUCUAUUAACGACACUUCGGAUUUCCAAUCUAAUCAUACAUAAGUACUUGAGCACUAUAAACUUAUGUAGUAGUUGUUAGAUACAUACCAGUACUUAAAUAUUUAUUGCAGAAGUGGUAAACUUCACAUACCAGCUAAUGAUUGUUUUUUGUUUCUAGCUUUUAAUAUUGUAUUAUUUAUUAUAAGUAAUUGUAAUAGCUAGUGCGCAGUUAAACCAACUGUGGUUUGUUUUGCAAAAUAUGUAUUUUGUAGAAUAAUAAAUAAAUAACUUAAUCCUGUCUUUUACGGAAAUGACUUUAGAAUAAAACUUAUUACUGUUAUAUAAACAGUCGGAAAAUUAAGUAUUAAGGUAAUAUGAUAAAGUAGUCCAGUUCUAGUUUUGAAGUAUUAUAUUUCUAUAAAAACCAGAGUAUUUUUAAAGCACAAAUCAAAAAUAUUUUGAAAUCAAUUUAUAUUAAUUUAAUUUUCAAUUCAUGAAUUUUGUUUGUAAUAUGUACUUAUGUCAUAAAAUAUAUUGUCUUUAGUAGGUAUGUAAGAACAAAAUAAGUAGGUACUUUAAUUAUAUGUGUAUAUUUUGAUGAAUAAAAAAAAUGUGUGUUUCUUAAAUUAAAAUAGUAAAUUUCUCAAGAUACCUAAAAUUCUUCAAUGAAUGUUCUUGUAUUUUAACUAUUUGUGUUUAGAAAUCGUAGUGAUUAUUGUGUAAAAAAUUUGAUGUACCAACUAUCAGUGUUUAAAUAAAGGAUUCAAUAA